AUGGCUUUUGUGGAUCGAGGAGCAGUAAUGCAGAGAAGACUGCCUGUGUGGCAGGUGCUUUUGUGGUGGCAUCAUGUCUUUCUCUUGUGGAGUACAACAGACGGACAGACUCGCUACACCAUCCCGGAGGAACUAACGCAGGGCUCCGUGAUAGGAAAUCUGGCCAAAGAUCUGGGUUUAGUCGUCUCUGAGCUUCACCGACGCAAACUGCGGAUUACCUCGGAGGCUGGUAAGCAGUAUUUCAGCGUGGACUUGGGAAAAGGAGGACUGGUGGUCAGUGAGAGGAUAGACAGGGAGGAACUGUGUGGACAAAGAGUGCCGUGUCUGUUACCUUUAGAGGUGGUUAUAGAGAGCCCCCUGCAGCUGCAUCGAAUCGAGAUCGAGAUACAGGAUAUUAAUGACAAUUCCCCCAGUUUUAUUACGAAAGAGAGGGUUUUGAAGAUAGCAGAGUCGAUUAACCCGGGCGCGCGAUUUCCGCUCGAGAGUGCCCUGGAUCCAGACGUCGUGGCCAAUACGGUGCGAACCUACGCCAUCAGCCGGAACGACCAUUUCAAAUUAAACAUUAAAAAUCACAAGGACGGUACGAAAUUCCCCGAGCUGGUGCUGGAGAAGUCUCUCGAUCGGGAGAAACAAGCUGUGCACAGGCUUAUCCUCACCGCUGUGGAUGGCGGCGAUCCUGCGCGUUCAGGGACGUCUGAAAUUACAAUUACAGUGCUGGAUAUCAACGACAACGCGCCGCAGUUUGACAGACAGGUGUAUGAGGUCAACGUAAGCGAAAACGCGGCGGCUGGAACGGAGAUUUUGCGCGUCACAGCUACGGACACGGACGAGGGGGUAAAUGGAGAAAUUGAAUACUUAUUUGGAGAACAAUCGACAGAUUUGGUCGUGUCAAUGUUUGAUAUUGAGCCAACCACCGGAGCGAUAGUUGUGACAGGGGUGUUAGACUAUGAAAAGAAUCCGCUGCAUAGAUUUGACGUCAUAGCUAAAGACAAGGGAAAUCCCGAGCUGGAGAGUCACUGCGGCAUUGAAAUCAAAGUAGGCGAUGUUAACGAUAACACACCUGAAAUUAUUGUGACCUCCUUAACCACACCUGUUCCAGAAGAUUCUGCUAUCGGCACGGUCAUUGCACUAAUAAGUGCCAAAGACCCGGAUUCGGGGGAUAAUGGUAAGGUGAAAUUGAUCGUGUCUUCAAAUUCUCCAUUCAAAUUGAAUCCAUCCGUUUCUAACCAUUACACGCUGGUAACGAAUGGGCCACUUGACCGUGAAACAUUGACACAUCAUAGCAUAAAGAUAAGCGCCACUGACGCGGGGAAACCAUCACUGUCCAGUGAGAAAAUAGUCACUGUUGAUUUGUUAGAUGUUAAUGACAACCCACCAGUAUUCUCCCAGCCUUCGUAUAUCAUUUAUGUUAAAGAGAAUUACGCGGCUGGUAAAAUAUUAUGCACAGUGUCCGCAACUGAUCUCGACCAGAGUGACAACGCCAAGAUCUCCUACUCCAUCCUGGACUCUAAAGUACAGGACGUGUCUGUGUCGUCCUAUGUUUACAUCAACUCUGACAAUGGCAGCAUCUACAGCAUGCACUCGUUUGAUUAUGAGAAACUGAAGGUGUUUCAGAUCCAGGUGCAGGCUAAAGACCAGGGCUCUCCGUCUCUGAGCAGCAACGCCACUGUCCACGUUUUUAUCCUGGACCAGAACGACAAUGCCCCCUCUGUUAUUUACCCCUCCCCCACUAUUCUGGGGUCACUCUCUCAUCAGAGGAUGCCCCGUUCUGCUAAAGCUGGACAUCUGGUUACCAAGGUAACGGCCGUGGAUGCAGACUCGGGCCAUAACGCCUGGAUCUCCUAUAAGUUGUCAGAGGCCACAGACGCCUCUCUGUUCACUGUCAGUCUUUACACAGGGGAGGUGAGGACUAAACGUGCUGUGUCCGAGCAGGACGACUCCUCUCAGAGGCUUCUCAUAGAGAUCAAGGACGACGGAGAACCGGUCCAGUCCGCCACGGUCACAGUGUCUGUUCUCAUUGAGGAUGGACUUCAUGAGCCCAUUCUGGAUCUUAAACACAAAGUCAACGAGCCCAGAAAGAAAAGUGGGAGGAUCACCCUGUACUUGAUCCUCUCUCUGGCCGGGGUGUCCGUACUGUCUGUGCUGACUUUUCUCAUUUUAGCAGUUAAGUGUAUUAAGAACAGCAGGGACAGCGGUAGCUGCUGCAUGAGACGGAGCGACUGUGACGACUACAAGAACCCCAACAGAAACCUGCAGAUCCAGCUCAACACUGACGGACCUAUAAAAUAUGUGGAGGUCCUGGGAGGGGACAUGAUGUCUCAGAGUCAGUCCUUCAGGUCCUGUCUCUCUCCCAUGUCAGAGUACAGCGAUUUCACCCUGGUUAAGCCCAGCAGCACCACUGACUUUAAGGAGAUGAUCAGUGUUUUAGACGCGUCUUUGCCAGACAGCACCUGGACCUUUGAGAGCCAGCAGGUGAGCAGACAAGGCUUUUGUUUCAUAUUGUCUCCAUGA